GAUGUGAAGCUUAAAUUCGAGACAACCAACGCGAAUACUACAAAACCGUACAGACUUUCUCAUCAUACGAAACUCACCAAAACAAUCAUCGAAUUUGCGCAAAAUCCAAGUCGAAAAUUCAAUACACUCAAUUCAUCAGCUUCAACAAUUGCGCUCCACAACCAACAUAUCUCCUUCAACCACGUUUUAUCAGAUCAAUCGGCGUUACCCUCGAUUCGCGAACUUCAGGUGUCGCAUUACUGUGAAGCUCAGGAUAGUGGUUGAUCCCCUUCGAAGCUUAACGUCGACUUCAUCUGUUGGACAACCACCAUUAAAUCAAAAUGGCGUCCAACGGAAUAUCAAAAAACCCACCAACACUUCCCCCAUCAGUCGAAGAAUCAUACAAACGUAAAUGUAUCCAACUCAAGACUCGAAUGAAUGAAGUCGAAGAAGCCAAUGAUGCCGCGCGCCUCAGGUUGUCACGAAUGCGUCGAGCAAUUAACAAGAUGCGUCUGGAGCGAGCCUUCCUGUUGGAACAAAUGUCGAAACGAACGAGUACAAAUGUGGAAGAUUCAGAGGGUUCCCCAAGCCCACCUCCAACACCUCAAGAAAAGCCAUUGCGCACAAAGCGUGGUCACCGCAAGCCCUCUUUCCUGAAUACCCUCGGUGAUCCAACCGUUCCACUGCCCAACAGUUUGAAUGCCAAUCUCGCCAUCUCACCUUCCUCCUCCUCCUUCUCUCAUACACAUCUCGAUAUGCCGAGUAACCCUAGCCAAGGAACAUUUAAUAGCUUCAAUACCUCCGUUGCCCAUCCACAACCAAUAUCUCCUCGCCGCGCACUCUCCAAUUCUACUCCUAUGGGCGGGCGAACGCCGCACUCAGCCUCCCAUUCUCCAUCUAUCCCCCCUUCUGGACCACCCAAAACGCCUGCAUCAGGCUUCGAACUAUACUGCCAGGAAUUACGUGGGCCCAUGAUGGUACAGCAUAGACGUGGUAUCAAGGAAGGAAACCUUGACAUCGACCGUCUUUUGGCAAGCGGAUGGAGAGAAGCAGAUGCUGCAACCACAGAACGAUACGAAAACCUAUUCAAAGCAAUGCAAAAUGCAAAGAAACUCGAAAACAGCGCCCCCCUAGACGACGACGUAGAAAUGGGAGAUAGUGGUCGUGAAGAAACACCCAAUGGCAACGGAGCCAAUGGAGCUGGCGGCUUCACAUCUGUGAACAGAGGCUAGACACAAUCUACGGAGUUUACUUGGCAGUCGAGGAAUGGAAAGGAUCUGGAUCAAUACGAAAUGCGAAUGGGAUAAUGGAAGGACGAAAUAUUCGAAACUUGGCGUUAGGAGGCGUGAAGAUGAAUCAAGCUGCUUGCUUGCAACAUUAGAAUUACUUUUUGAUUUUCCUGAGAUGGAAUCCUUCGUGCAGAUAUCCAUCUGCGUGUGUAUUUGGUAGUCCACUUCUUUUGGUGUAAUAUUAACUUCAUACGAUCUUACUCUUUUUUGAUCAUG